AUGCAUGACUAUGAGCCCAACCCAUCUCUGUCAAAUAAUCAGACAUCGACGGCUGAGGAAGUACCUUUCACGGAUAUAUUGGAUGAUGGUGAGUUGUGUGAAUGUGGACCAAACCGAGCUCUGCCAGAUACACAGAAGCCUGCUGCUCAGAAAAUAUAUUUUACGGAUAUAAUGGAUGCUGAUGAGCCGAAGGUAUGCAAAUUGAAUAAUAAUUCGGAUACCAACCUAGUAUGUACAAAAUUAUCGCUUGCUGAAAGCUGUGCCGAUUCAAAUAGCCUCAAUUGUCGUAAUGGGCUGUGUCGCAUAAAAAACCACAUCUAUGGUCCCAAGUCAUUCUGGGUUCCCUGUGAUGGCGAUUGGACAAUUGUCCAGCGACGCAUCAAUGGGUCCGUCGGUUUUCAGAGGAAGUGGUUGGACUACAAGACCGGCUUUGGCGAUUUGAAUGGAGAAUUUUGGCUCGGCUUAGAUAAAAUCCAUUCCCUAACGGCUCUUUACGGAGGAGUCGAACUUAAAAUUGAAAUGCAGGAUUUUGACAAUAUCUGGAGAUAUGCCCAUUAUGGGUCGAUUUCUGUUGGCAACCAAACCACAAAAUAUCAAAUAAAGGUGUUGGAUUAUACAGAAUCAACUGCAGGUGACUCGCUCAAUGUGCAUAGAGACGAGCGUUUUUCAACAUUCGACCAAGACAAUGAUAAGAACACUAAUAAAAAUUGUGCCUCCUCAUUAAUGGGGGCGUGGUGGUACUAUAACUGCGACUUGAGCAGCAACAACAUAAGCAAUUUGAAUGGAUUCUAUUACAAAGAUGGUGUCGUCCCAAAAGACAAGCCUGGCAGUGGAAUUAUUUGGAAAACAUUUCGUGGAGAAUUUUAUUCAUUGAAAUUUGUUCAAAUGAAAAUUAGACCAAAGAAGAAAUAA